UACAUGGAGGUAGGAAUAAUUCCUGCUAUCAAUAUUUAUGGCAAUUGGCAUGUAGACAUAAAAUAGGUCAUGCUUCAUCAGUUGAACAUUAUGGUGUAAUGAAUGACAGACCAAAUACUCCAGCAUCUAAACAAGAAAAUAAAGAAAAAAUCACAGUAAAAGCAUUAAUUAAUACAUCGUCAAAGUUUAAUACUAUUAGUGAGAGCUUGUUCGAUAAGCUUAAAGAAGAUUAUAGAAUAUGUGAUCCUGUUGAGAAUCUCUAUGAAGAUAUAAUAGGUAAAAUAAAAUAUUUAGAUUUGCAAUUUUGCUAUAAAGGAAAGUGGCGAAGUUUAGAUGAUACUGAAGUAAUAGACUUUCAAAUUCGCAAAAAUCCAUCAUUCGAUUUGGUUUUGGGACAAGAAUGGUUAUAG